AUUGAUAGAUUGGAAUAAAGUAAGUGUAUCAGAGAAUUAACUAUAGAAAUCUGUUGGAAUAAUUUAUCAUUUCAUGGUACAACUUAUUUAUUACGAAAGUCGUGGGAUAUCAUGCAGUUAUCUUCUACGCAAUGGAAUGAAAAAAGUGGUAGUCAAAUUGGAAGCAUGUGAAAAUUGGCCAUAUCCAAGUUCAGAAUCACAGUGGCUAUUGACAUUUAAUCGAUUUUUAAGAAAUUGGUGCAAAGUUGUUCAAAUAACAAGUGGAGGAACUAAACGAUACGAAACAAUCGGACAUGCAACAUUCACGAAACUAGAGGGCACAAUGUUUGUAACGGGAAAAUUUAAAACUGAUUUGGCAGGAAAGCAACAAAAACUGCCAGAUUUUUGUUUGUAUCUAACUACAAACAUUAUGGAUACCGAUUUUUAUCGUGGGUGUUUACUAACUGGAAUGUUGGAGAGAGGCAAUCGAAAAUUAGGCAUUUGGGAGUCGACACAUUAUGCGUAUGUUAAACGCGAAGGUUACUGAAAACAACAUUCUAUACUUUGUUGUCAUUAUUUUUGUAAAUUUUAUUGAAGCAAUUUUUAAAAUUGUGUUCGGGUCUGUAUGAAACAGCCAACUAAUAAACAUAAUUAAAUUAAAA